UUUUAUUUUAAUUUAUAUUUGAAUUUUCUUCUAUUUGUUCCAUAUAAAGUCCAAUUAUAUAGAAAAGAAGUACUACCAUCCAUAUUAUAUUAUAUCAUUAAAAAUGUUUGGAUCAAUGAAUAUGGCUGUGUUAGCUUGGUAAUAUGCAGACCUACCAAGUAACACGCAUUUUGUGUGAGACACACACAAUUCUGUCCUUUCUCACUCUCACACGCAUCAAAGCAGAAUUCUCACGCAUUUUGCAACAAACACGCAUUAUUGGUUCAUAUAGAUUUUUCAAUUUUAUUCCAAAUCCUAGCAAAAUCCCUCUUUCCUAACAAGGCAUGUUAGCUUGAUAACAGCGACUAGAUAAUCAGAGAACUAGAUAACAGCAAAUCUAUUUCAUGAUUAUCUACUGUUAUAAAUUCUUUCUCAAGAAAAACUGAGUAGAAUGGCGAAAAACAAAGUCCCUCAACCCCCACCCACUUCUGUGUGGUUCCUGCUGAAAAGGCGUUUCCGAAGAACUAGAGGGCGUGGUAAAAUAAAAUUUUCUGGGGCUACACCCUGGGGCCCUACUAUUGGAUGUGUGGCAGUCAGGAUUCGUUCUGGACCAAAAAUUUUCCCCUCCUUUUAAAAAAUCUCACUCAUUUUCAAAACCAAAACUUGUUAGGUCUGAAUGCGACAACUAUGUUUGUACUACAAGCUAAUUGAAAUAUGAUAUGAGAAUAUCUACAAUAGCUAGAGGUAUUUCUUUUGUUUCUUUGUAUGUGGUUAAGGAGUCUAUAUCAGAAUUUCUGUUUUGACUUCCUUCAUUGUUAGAAGGAAACACUUUUGAGCUGCUUUUACUUCAUGAGAGUAGGACACUUCGGUAAGAGCUGAACAGUUCUUUAAAAGAGUCAAGGUGUCUUAUCUGGGCAACCAGUUUAUUAGACAUACUUUUUCUGGUAUCACAUUUUCUGAAUUGAAUUAGACUGAGAACCAUGCCACUCUUCAAGAAAAAAGACACACAGUUCACUAGUAUAACUGAUGAGCUCUCUUUGCUUUACAAAAAAAGAUUGCUUCCAAUUGAAGAGCUGUACGAGUUUCAUUCACUUAGUUCACCUAUGUUGGAAGAUUCCAGUUUCAGUUCAAAGCCAAUGGUGAUGCUAGUUGGUCAGUACUCAACUGGUAAGACAUCAUUCAUAAAGUAUCUCAUUGGCGCUGAUUUUCCUGGUAUGCUUAUAGGCCCAGAGCCUACAACUGAAAGUUUCACAGCUGUCAUGCAUGGCCGGGAAGAAAGAGUGAUACCUGGUAAUGCCUUAGUCAGUGAUACAACAAAGCAGUUCAGAACAUUGCAGAGUUUUGGAAAUUCUUUUUUGAAUCGAUUUAAAUGUUCUGAAAUGCCUAAUCCGGUCUUAGAGAAUAUGACAGUUAUUGAUACACCAGGGAUCUUAGCUGCAAAGCAGUCAGUAAGCAGAGGGUAUGAAUUCAGUGGUGUUUUAGAAUGGUUUGCUGAAAGAGUGGAUAGAAUUAUAUUGAUGUUUGAUGCACAUAAGUUGGAUAUAUCUGAUGAGUUUGAAAAUGGUAUUAGAGCCUUACAUGGAUUUGAUGAUAAAAUUAGAAUUGUUUUAAAUAAGUCAGACGUGGUUACAACUCAGCAACUGAUGAGAGUUUACGGGGCCUUGAUGUGGUCCCUUGGCAAGGUGAUAAAGACACCUGAAGUCAACAGGGUAUAUAUUGGAUCGUUUUGGGACCAACCAUAUUUCCAUGUUGACAACAAAAAGCUGUUUGAGGCUGAAGAAAAUGAUCUAAUCAAAGAUUUGCAGAGUUUGCCUAUGUCUGUAACAUUGAGGAAGUUGAAUGAUAUUGUUAAAAGAGCAAGGUCUCUCAAGGUUCACGCAUUCAUAAUUUCCCAUCUGCGAAACGAAAUGCCGGCGGUUUUUGGGAAAGACAAAAAGAAGCAAGAAUUGUUGAAAAAUCUGCCUGAAAUCUAUAAGAAGCUUCAAACCGAGCAUGACAUAUCUCCUGGAGACUUUCCAAACAUUACACGCCUAAGAGAUAAUUUGCAAAAUCAUGAUUUUACCAAAUUUCACUCUAUGAAACCAAAGUUGAUACAGGAUAUCGAUCAUAUGUUGGCCCAUGAUAUCGCCCGGUUGAUGGAACAAAUACCAUCAGAGACAGAGUCCAUGGCUGAGGUUCAUCGUGUCAAAGGUGGUGUCUUUACAAGUGGCGAAGCUGGUACAUUCAACCCUUUUGCAACUGGUGCAACAGAGGGAUAUCAGCUUGGCGCUGGAGAUUCGGGAUGGAUUGUUGCCAAAGAUAAACAAAAGUAUGAUAUAAUUUUCGAGUCACUGUGUCCUGUUGAUGGCCGAAUCACGGGGGCAAGCGCCAAAACAGAGAUGAUGCGAUCAAAGCUGCCAAAGAACGUCUUAGCAAGAAUCUGGGCACUAGCUGACGUAGAUAAAGAUGGUCACCUUGAUGAGGAUGAAUUUGCACUUGCCAUGUACCUUAUUGAUGUGAAAUUAAAGGAUGACGAUGAGCUGCCUGGAGAAUUACCUUUGCAUCUUGUUCCUCCAACGAAGAGAAAAACAUUUGUUUCUUCAAAGGACUGAAGGUAUUGACUAAUAUUUCCGGUUUAUAACAAUUGAUUAUUUAAUAAAGUCAAAGGGGUAGUGUAAGAAAUCUAUGGUUUUGGUAAGUAUGCUGUUGUGAACUUGAUGAAGUUCUCUCUCGGGUAGAGCCAGGCUGUGGAUAAAUCGGUUGUUUCGUUUAGUUGAAAUGGUAUUAAUGAAUCUUGCAUGGUUUGGUGAAGUUCUACGGUUAAAUGGUUCUAAUUCAUACUUCGGUCAUUUCGAAUUCUCACUCGGUUUGCAUGUACAACACUGCCUGGCUAUUUUCUUCAUCAACUUUCCAAUAAAAUUUCAUUACUAUAUCAAUCAUCGUAUAACUUCAACUCCUGAAUCAUCCUGGUUUCAUUAAAACUCGCUGAACUUUGAUAUCCUGUCUCUAAAUGACCACGUCUAUGCUAUCUACAUCAGCAUAUUUAUCAAUCCCUAAAUAUACUAUUUUUCUUAUCACUACAAUUAAUUUGAAAAUUUCGUGUUGUAUUUGUAUUACGGCGUUUCGGAUAUAGUAGACUGAAAGUUAGGCUAUCUUUAACUUGCAGCUUUAGUUUCCGGUAGUAAGCGAUGUCAAGUGAUGAAUUACUUUUUGUUCCUUUGCGUUGCUAUUUGGUAUUAUUUAUGUGGUACUUCUCAAAGUUUAAAGUGCGUUGUGCCUUUUUGCCAGCAUUGCUUAUUGUCCGUUAGUUCACUCUUUGUCGACACGUUUUCACCUGCAAUCACCUUUUUAUAGUAAAUGUUUAUAGAAAUUAGGUCGCAACUUUAUAUCGUUUCUUUCUUUGUUAGUAAAUGUUUCAGAGCCUUCCAAUAGGGAGGCAAGUCAUUGAAAAGAAUGGCACAGAGUUUCAGAAGAAUUAAAGAUUAGACAGUCAAAAAGUAGGAAUGAAAAUCACAUAAAAAUUAAUAAUUUUUGACGGUAACUAUCAACAGACAUAAACUGACCUGUUAUUUAGCCGGUGAAGAGAAUACCUUUCGGUUUUAAAUAUUCUACUAACGAUCGUGUGAUAAAUAUCCAAACUUUGUUUCCUGUCAGGAGUUCUUCUUGAAAUCCAUUCAAGUUUUUUCUUCCUGUUAAAUCAUUUUUUACAGUAUCAUAUUUCAUUAUAGUUCUCUAAAUUCUAAAACCCUCUCCAUCUCAUUCAAUGGUUGUGCCUUUUUGUAUUAUCAAAGUAGAGGAGCUGCCUUUGUCAAAUGCAACUCUAUGUAUUGUACCCGAGUAAUUUCGAGUCUUGUCUUAAUUCUUGUUAUUUCGUCUUUGAUCGUAUAAAUGUCAAUUUAUCAAGCCAGAUUGAUUCUAGUAGUUUAUUCUGAAUAUUUUUAUGUCCACUGAAUUAAAUACUUGUGUUUGUGAAGACUAAA